GCUUUCUCUUCAAUUUUGGUUUCACUAGCUUUUGAAAAUGGCAGGGGUGAGCAGCUGCAUGAAAUAUUCCAUGUUCAUCUUCAACUUUUUGUUCUGGAUGUGUGGUUGCAUUAUUCUGGGGGUCUCAAUCUGGAUGCGUGUAAGCAAAGCUGCUCAGGAGGAUCUCAAUUUAGAUAGUAGCCUGUUUUCAGCUGUUGACCUGAUGAUAGCAGUGGGCUCCAUCAUUAUGGUCCUUGGUUUCCUGGGGUGCUGUGGUGCAAUGAAGGAAAGUCAGUGCAUGCUGAUUUUGUUUUUUAUUGGACUGCUUUUGAUCCUGAUUCUUCAGGUCGUAGCAGGUAUUUUGGGAGCAGUGUAUAAGUCUCAGAUAGAAACAACGCUUAACAAGACUCUCUUAGAGGAGGCAAAGAAGUUGCAAACCGUCACUCAGGAUUCUAAAGUAUUUCAAGAGAACUUUCAGAAGUUUGAGAAAAUGAAUCAGUGCUGUGGUUUGGUGAAGGGAUCUGAAGACUGGGGGAGCAAUUUUAAUUCUCCUUAUGGUAAUUUUAAGAUCUGUGAGUGUGCAGAGAAAGACCAAAAUACAGAUCUCUGCAUCUUUUAUUCUAACAGAUACAUUUAUAAAAAGCCAUGUAGCAUUGUGAUAAUUGAUUUCUUCAAACACCAUAUGGUCAUACUCAUGGGGAUUGCAUUUGGAUUGGCAUUUAUUGAGAUUGUUGGUUUGGGGUUUUCGAUGAGCCUGUACUGUCAGAUCCAGAGAAAAUGAAACAAUGGAAGAGUCAGA